UGCUCAUGCUGCAAGAAAUAAUAUAAAGCUGAAUGUCUCCACCUCCACCUGUGUCAUUAUAAAGAGCGUUUUAUCAUUGUGAGCUCACUAAUUGUCUUCAACAUGACCCUCAUCAUCUUCUCUCUGCUCUUGCUGGUUUCUCUGCUGCCAGACCUGACCCUCACUGCUCAUGUGGGUAUAGUAAAUGGCAGUGUAGCAAAACCUCACUCCAGACCUUACAUGGUUUCUGUUCAGCUGGAUGGUCAACAUAUCUGUGGUGGAUUCCUCAUUACUGAAAAGUUUGUCUUGUCUGCUGCACAUUGCUGGAACGGAAAAGAAAAUCUGACGGUUGUGGUUGGUGCUCACAACUUAACACAAAGUAAUGCUUCAAAUCGCAUGGAAGUGGAGUCCUACAUCCAACAUACUAGCUAUAACUCAAAAUUUAUUUGGAAUGACAUCAUGCUUUUUAAGCUAAAAGAAAAAGUGACACAAAACAGUUAUGUUAGAUGGAUCUCAAUAUCAAAGAAAAGACAACAUGUCAAUGCAGAUACUCCUUGUAGUGUUGCUGGUUGGGGAUUACUGCUGACUAAUGGCUCACUGAGCGACUGUCUAAUGGAGGCAAAUGUCUAUAUAACAAAUAACACGGAAUGUAAAACUAAAUGGGGAGAGAACUUCUUAGUGUCGCAGAUGAUGUGCACACAUGGACACGGUGGAUCCUGCAGAUAUGAUUCAGGAGGUCCUUUGGUUUGUGGAGACACUGCUGUUGGCAUCACAUCUUUUGGUGACCCUUCUCUCUGUAAUGCACCAAAACAUCCCAAUGUGUAUACUAGGAUUUCAGUAUACCGUCAAUGGAUUGACAGUGUAAUUAAAAAAAAGAAGCGAGAUAACAUCUCUAAUUAUUACAGAGCUUUCAAUUUUAUAAUUGCGAGCUCACUGAUAAUCUUCAUCAUGACCAUCAUCAUCAUCUCUCUGCUCCUGCUGGUUUCUCUGGUGCCAGACCUGACCUUCACUGCUCGAGUGGGUAUAGUGAAUGGCAAGGAGAUAGAGAAAAAGGUCAAACUAAACAACAAUGUUAAACCAAUAUCAUUGGCAAGGGAUGGAAAACACAAUGAAGAAGGAACUGUCUGUAGUGCUGCCGGCUGGGGAGAUCUGUGGAUGAAAGGCCCACUGAGUGGCCGUCUAAUGGAAGCAAAUGUGACAACAAAAAAGGACGCAUUCUGCCAAGAUAAAUGGGGAUCUUAUUAUGUGGCCUCAAAGAUGAUUUGUGUUCAUGGAGAAGGUGGAUCCUGCACAGCGGAUUCAGGAGGUCCUUUGGUUUGUGGAAACACUGCAGUUGGCGUCACAUCCUUUGGUGAUCCAAGCAUCUUCAGUCUCACCAGUGAAGGUCAGGUGUGGCAGCAGAGAAACCAGCAGGAGCAGAGAGAUGAUGAUGGCCAUGAUGAAGACUAUCAGGAUGAUGUGACAGUACUUGCUUAUUGGUAUUGCCAAAUCGGAACCAAGGGUUUGCAACCUUCUAACAUCAUCAUCAUGAUCUUCUCUGUACUUUUGGUAGUUUACCUUCUACCAAAUCUGACCCUUCAAGCGUCUGUGAAAUCUGGCAUAGUGAACGAGAAUGAAGCUAGACCUCAUUCAAGACCCUACAUGGUUUCUGUUCAAAGCAAUAAGAAACACAUAUGCGGUGGCUUCCUUGUGUCUGAGCAGUUUGUCAUGACGGCUGCCCACUGCUUUACGAAUGGCGAAGUGCUGACGGUUGUGGUUGGAGCUCAUGAAUACACUGAUGGUUCUAGCCGCAUGGAUGUGAAGUUCUACCACAUCCACCCUGGGUUUGAGUCUGAAACUCUGGUAAAUGACAUCAUGCUACUUCAGCUACAUAAAAAGGCCAAAAAGAGCAACAAAGUCAACUGGAUCCCAAUACCAACCGCAGACAAGGACAUCAAGGCCAAGACUAAAUGCAGUGUUGCAGGAUGGGGGAAAAACACCACCCAUGGUGAAGCAAGUGCCAAACUUAUGGAGGUGAACGUCACUGUUUUUGACAAAAAAGCAUGUCAGAAGUACUGGGGACAGACAUACUUCACUUCAAAGAUGAUGUGCACAGGUGGUCAUGGAGGAUUUUGCCAGGGAGAUUCCGGAGGACCUCUGGUGUGUGAUAAAGUUGCAGUUGGAAUCGUUUCAUUCAAUGAGAAAAACAACUGUGAUUCCCCAACAAAACCGAAUGUCUACACCAAGAUUUCCAGAUUUCUGUCAUGGAUAAAAUGUAUUCUCGGUGGUGUGAAGCAAGAAUUUGAUUGUGCAAUCGGAGCUGAUAUCAUUAAUGGCAAAAAGGCUAAGAAGGGCUCUUUGCUGUACAUGGCAUCAGUGCAGAUUAUUGGAAAACACAGUUGUGGAGGAUUUCUGAUCGAUCCAAGUUACGGUGAUUCGGGUGGGCCGCUGGUGUGCAGUGAGCAAGCAGUGGGCAUAGUUUCUUUCAACAUGGGUCACUGCGACUACCCGAAUGCUCCAAAUAUUUACACUCAGAUUUCCAAAUACACCAACUGGAUCAAAAAGGUGAUCCGUGGAGGUGCCUGA